CUCCGUGCUCACGUCUUUCCCUGCAUUUUCCCGUCUUUUCCUUAUUUUUCUCUUUCUUCCUUCAUGUCGACGUGUUUUGGUGGUGAAAAGAGGGAAAAAGAAAAACGACCGCGAGAUCUCCAAUUUCCAUGGCAGUUGCAGAACAACCUCUGCGUCCAACUUGGCGAAGGUUUUGUUAAAUCUGUCUGAGUUUGGGGUUUUGCUUGGAGAUAUUUUCUGGGUUUGAUUUGAUUGGGAGAAGCUUUCGUCUGUGAAUAUGUCACACUCGCAUAACGAUACCGUACCACUCCACCCUUCUUCCCAGUCUGAUAUUGACGAGAUCGAGAAUCUUAUUAAUGCCAGUGUCCUGUCUGGGCCUGCUACAGUGCUUCCUGCAAGACCACCCAGUCCUCCCAGGGCCUCCAUUCCUGUUUCUUCAUCUCCGUUUAUAGCUUCCAAUCUUCCUCCUCCUCCACAACAGAAGUCUUCUAGUAUCCCUGUUCCUCCUGCCUUGCCUCCUACCAAUUCUCAGUCGAAUUCUGGUCAAAAUGUCUCUGCAAGUGGGUUUGGUUCACCCCCGAAUACACUGACGGAGCCUGUGUGGGAUACUGUGAAGAGAGAUUUGGCUCGGAUUGUUAGUAAUUUGAAGCUUGUGGUGUUCCCUAACCCAUUUCGUGAAGACCCUGGGAAAGCAUUGCGGGAUUGGGAUCUUUGGGGGCCAUUUUUCUUCAUCGUGUUCCUAGGUCUUAUAUUGUCUUGGUCAGCAUCCGUGAAGAAGUCUGAGGUUUUUGCAGUUGCUUUUGCACUUCUUGCUGCUGGCGCCAUAAUUCUGACACUGAAUGUUUUACUCCUGGGUGGGCACAUCAUCUUCUUUCAGAGUCUAAGCCUUCUUGGUUAUUGCCUGUUCCCUCUUGAUGUUGGAGCCCUGAUCUGUAUGUUGAAGGACAAUGUGAUAAUAAAGGUGGUUGUGGUUUGUGUGACAUUGGCAUGGAGCUCCUGGGCGGCGUAUCCAUUUAUGAGUUCUGCUGUCAACCCCAGGAGAAAAGCCCUUGCUCUUUAUCCGGUCUUCCUUAUGUAUAUAUCUGUUGGUUUUCUGAUAAUUGCCAUCAACUAAGGCAUCAAAGAGGGUGGGUACUGAUCAUAUCUCAGCCAUCGAGGUUCAGAUGCAGGUAUUGAUUGGCAUUUGACAUGGUUAUUUUGCAUCUAAUGUGAUUUAGUGAUUUUGUUCCAAUUUUUGAUCCUACUUGGUUUUGGGAGAUUUAAAUUUGUCCGACUUACAUAGUUGUAUAAGUUUGUUUUUUU